AUGCCGAACCUUAGCUCUGAAGAUGGGCAAUCGUCCGAGGAAUCGAAAGAGCAUAUGUUUAAUGAGCAAACAAAUUAUGUUUCGACUCGCAAGAUCAUAACGAUCUUUCUAGCAUGCGCCAGCGUCGACCUGGUGGCACUGAUGGACCAAACGACGCUGGCAUCAAGUCUGUCCAUAAUAGGGAACGAUUUGAAUGCCGGUAACCAAACGAGUUGGAUAGCAGGUGGCUUUUUUCUGACCUCAACCUGCUUCCAGUUACUUUACGGACGUCUUUCCGACAUAUGGUCUCGGAAGGUUAUGCUCUUCGUAGGACUGGCCAUUUUCUUCUUUGGAUCCUUAGCUUCCUCCUUCGCCCAAACGGCCCUUCAGCUGAUAAUAUUCCGCGCCUUCACAGGUAUUGGGGGGGGCGGGCUAGCUAAUGUUGCGCAGAUGAUCGUAAGCGAUGUGGUUCCGCUGAGGGAUAGGGGCAAAUAUCAAGGAAUUCUAGGAUCGGUUGUCGCGCUAGCGAAUGGCGUUGGCCCUGUUAUCGGGGGUGCCCUAUCGUCUAUCUCGAAGGAUUCAUGGAGAUGGAUAUUUCGACUUAAUCUUCCACUGACGAUCCUAACGACACUAUGUGUGUUAUUCUUCAUGCCACUUCGAAAGGUAGAAGGGAAUUGGAAGGUCAAGGUGAAAGCCAUCGACUUCUUCGGGGCGUUCCUUGCACUUGCAGGAGCAACAGUCUUUCUCCUUGGGUUGAUAUGGGGAGGAGGUGAAUAUGCGUGGAAUUCGGUCCAUGUCAUUUCCACCUUGGUUAUCGGGUUCGCAGUAUCCGUGAGCUUCGUUUUAUGGCAAUGGAAAGGCGCAUCUUACCCUCUAGUGCCCAUGGUCAAUGGCUGGAACUUCGUUGUCCAGAUUUAUUAUAUCCCAACAUUCUAUCAGCUGGUAUAUGGAUACUCGGCUACUAGAUCGGGAGCUCUCCUUUUGCCAAUCGUCCUUAUGCAGACGCUAUGCAGUACAUUAUCUGGCCUCAUUGUUCAUUGGGUAGGCCGGUACCGGGAGUGCAUCCUGUUUGGAUGGCUUACCUGGGCUAUCGGCCUUGGACUUUUCUCCACACUCGAUGAAUCAUCGGGCCUAGCCAAGCAGAUUGGCUAUGGUAUACUUACUGGAGUGGGAGUCGGAAACACAUUGCAGCCAUCUCUCAUAGCUAUCCAAGCAGGAGUCCAAAGACGGGAUAUGGCAGUUAUCACGUCCUUUAGGAACUUCGUGAGGAAUCUCGGAGGCACGCUGGGUCUAGCAGUUUCCGGGACAAUCUUGAAUAACAUCGUGGUAUCAUCGCUCUCGUCUCUUAACCUCGAUGAUGCCGACCACAAAGCACUCGUGCAGAGUCCAAGCAACUACCUUGCGACACAUAACCCUGAAGAGGCCAAGAGAAUUCGCGCCGUUCUCCUUCCGGCAUACCAGAAAGGGUUUCGGAUCAUCUUCAUAUUAUGUUCAAGCCUUGCUGUCGCGGCAUUUGUCCUGGCGUUCUUCUUAAUGCCUCAUAUCACACUGAAGAGGCCUGAUGACAAGGCAUUGAAGGAGGAGGCCAAGUCGAGAGAAGAUGCCACAAGGCUCGUACAGUAUAGAGCACCUAGUUAG